AUGGACAUGAUAUACGUCCCAGCUUUUAUCCUCCUGUUUUUGAUUUGCUUCUGCAAAUCCGAUGAUCGCCUAACACCCACAAAACCCCUUUCCCCCGGCGACAGGCUCAUCUCAGACGGUGGCAUCUUUGCUCUUGGCUUCUUCUCCCUGAAGAACUCAAGUGCAAACUCAUACGUCGGCAUAUGGUACAACCAAAUCCCGGAGCGAACAUACGUGUGGGUCGCAAACCGCGACAGCCCAAUCACUAGCAGCUCCUCUGACUCCAAAGGAAGCACUCUUUGGACAACCUCGAACAACAUCACCUCCGAAGCCGCCGGAACUGCUGCUAUACUGCUUGACACCGGGAACUUGGUCAUCCGGUUGUCCAAUGGCACAGACAUAUGGCAGAGCUUUCAUUACCCAACUGACACCCUCCUCCCUAACAUGACUACACCGUUGAGCAGCAAAAAUAAGCUCUACAGGCCUUUUGUUGCUUGGAGGGGCCCUGAUGACCUGUCCACUGGCGACUACUCCUCGGGCAGUGACUCCAGCUUGGUUCCCCAGGUCUUCAUCUGGAAUGGGACGAGGCCGUACUGGCGCAGAGCUGCGUGGACUGGUGCACUGGUCAACAACGUGUAUCAGAGAAACACUGGCGCCUUCAUGUUCGAAACAAUUGAAAGAAGAGGUGCUGAGUUCUAUAUAACAUACACCGUCUCCAAUGGCUCACCAAAUAUGCUCGCGAAACUGCACUAUACGGGCAUGGUGAAGGUCCUUACAUGGAACAGCAAGUCGUCGUCUUGGGAUGUUUUCAUGGAGUACCCCAGUCAUGGCUGUGAUAGCUAUGCUUCGUGCGGCCCAUUCGGCUACUGUGAUGGCACAGAGGCGAUUCCAACAUGCAAGUGCCUUGAUGGUUUUGAGUCUGCUGGCCUUAACUAUUCCCUAGGAUGUCAGAGAAAGAAAGAGUUGAAAUGUGAUGGUACAGAUAGUUUCAUAACUUUGUCUGGCAUGAAAACGCCUGACAAGUUCCUGUACAUCAGGAAUAGAAGCUUCGACCAAUGCGCAGAAGAAUGCAGAAGCAACUGCUCAUGCAACGCUUACGCGUACGCCAACCUAAGCAGUCUUGGCAGUCUCGAUACGGUUGGAGACAGUUCGAGGUGCUUGGUUUGGAUGGGGGAGCUUGUUGACACAGGGAAGCCUGCUAGUGGUGCUAGUGAAAAUCUUUACCUCCGUAUUUCCAGCUCAUCCAGUAAGCGCCCAAGGAAAGGUCAGAACACACAUAUGCUAAAGCACUUGAAUGCUUACAAACUUGGGAACGAAGAUACAGAACUUCCAUCUGUUGACUUUGACGAAAUUCUCACUGCAACAAACAACUUUUCUGAUUACAACAUGCUUGGAAAAGGUGGUUUCGGAAAAGUGUACAAGGGAAUAUUGGAAGAUGGCAUGGAAGUUGCUGUCAAAAGGCUUAGUAUGGGUUCUGGGCAAGGGAUUGAGGAGUUUAAGAAUGAAGUAGUUCUGAUUGCCAAAUUGCAGCACCGAAACUUAGCUAGGCUUCUUGGUUACUGCAUUCAUGAAGAUGAGAAGUUACUCAUUUACGAAUACUUACCUAACAGGAGUUUGGAUGCCUUCCUUUUUGGGAUAGCGAGAGGGCUUCUUUAUCUCCACCAAGAUUCAAGAUUAACAAUAAUUCAUCGAGAUCUCAAAGCAAGCAACAUCUUGCUGGACGCACAAAUGAGCCCUAAAAUAUCUGAUUUUGGUAUGGCAAGGAUCUUUGGAGGAAACGAGCAACAAGCAAACACUAACCGGGUUGUUGGGACAUAUGGUUACAUGUCUCCUGAAUAUGCGAUGGAAGGCUACUUUUCUGUCAAGUCUGACACCUACAGCUUUGGGGUUCUGCUGUUGGAGAUUGUAAGUGGAUUAAGGAUUAGCUCGCCCCAUCUCACAAUGGACUUUCCAAACCUUAUAGCAUACGCAUGGAGCUUAUGGGUUGAUGGAAAUGCAAGGGAAUUGGUGGACCGGUCGGUUGUGGAGAGUUGUCCACUUGAUGAGGUUCUACGAUGUGUUCACAUAGGGCUCCUGUGUGUUCAAGACCACUCAAAUGCUAGGCCACCCAUGUCAUCCAUUGUGUUCAUGUUAGAGAACGAAACAGCUCUGCUUCCUGCCCCCAAGAAACCUACAUAUUUCUCACUACGGAAUCAUGAAGCUGAAGACUGGAGAAAAUAUAUGGGAAGAUCUGAGAAUAACAUGAGCAUCACAACACUGGAGGGACGUUAAAUGUUUAGUUGCGUUGUCCCUUGUUUCGUA